AUAGUGUGUGUAGGGGAGAGAUGGGCCACGAGCUCGCUGCUGGUCAUUCAAAAGUCCAACCGAUUUUAUCACUUCCUUUUGCAAUCAUUAUAAAAGCAAUUUUUCGCCGUUGAUGGCAUUUUGGCAAGCUGGAAUAAUUGCUCAAGAUGCCUCUGUUGUAUCAUAAUUUCUUCGCACAGAGGCACUUCUUGAUAAAUUGCCGCACAUUAACUCUUUUUUGUGUCCCUCCUCCGAGCUCGCCAUGGGCAUUCGCUGGCACUGGGAUCAGCCAGUGUCCGUCCACACAUAACCAGCAAUCGAUAUGGCUUGAGGAGAUGGCAUAAAAGCCACACGAGCGGCGAUCAGCGGGUUCGGCGCUACGGGCACAUAAUUUAAUUAUUCAGUUAUCGCAACUCACUCUCGGUGAAUGGUUGAAAAAUCCGCGAAGACAGAAUGAACAGUGCCAAAAUUCAUUUCUCUGGUACAUCAAUUUAAAACGCAGUGCAGUGUUAUAAUAGGAGUGACAUGAGGGAAUGGAAAAGCUCUGCACUCGACCAACUUUUUCAAUACUCUCCAUCAGCGUAAUUGGUUCACGUGCGCGCAUUUGACGGAAAAUAGAUGGAAAAGUGUGUUCUUGAGUGAAUAAAAGUGGUGUUUCACGGCUCCCUAAUCAUCACUGCGAUACAAAUUAUCUCUCUCUCUCUCUUUCUCUCUCUAUUUCCUUCACAACUUAAUUGACUGUGUAGAAAAUUGUAUAUAGAUUUGUUUUUGAGCUCCCGCAGUGUUGCGUUCGCUUUUACUCAAAGUUCCCGCACUCGCAAGCGUUCUCGCGCCGAUGGUGAAUGAUAUUUCCCGCCAAAAAGGCCCAAAUGGGCCCAAUUGAAUGCCAGUGAUAUGCUCAGACGCGGCGGAUUGCGCUUUCUGCACAGGAAAUUGGGCUUCUUCGGUCUGAUAGUGUCAACUGUGAUCUUCAUCUUCUACACACUGACCAUCCUGCCGCCCGUGGAGCAGAAAGUGAGGCGGAAAGUCGCACCGGUCGAAGCAAUACUCAAUUUCUCGCAAAGCGACUUCAUGAGCCAUUCAGACGCCCUCUCAACUGCAUUCGAGGAGCACUAUUUCAAUCUGAGCGUCAGCAAUUCACUCUCCAGCGGACGUGACAUUCCGGACACACGACCACCCAGAUGCAGAGCGAGGGAAUACGUGCUGAAUGCCAAGAAGAAUGUAUCUGUGAUAGUGGUGUUCCACAAUGAGGCCAAAUCAGCUCUCUUAAGGACAAUUUCCAGUGUAAUCAAUCGCACACCACCAGAUUUGCUCCAUGAAAUCAUACUUAUCGAUGACUUCAGCAGAAAUGGACUCAGUGCGAAUAUUCUAGAGAAUCUGCCAAAAAUUAAGUUGUACAGAAAUCACGAGCGAGAAGGUCUCAUCCGAUCACGGAAGAUUGGAGCUCUGCACGCUUCUGCUGAGUACAUCGUCUUCCUCGACAGUCACUGCGAGGUGAAUGUGGGCUGGGUUGAGCCACUCAUCGACAGGCUCUCUUAUCACCCCGGAGCGCUUGUCAGUCCCAUUAUAGACAUCAUCGAUGCCUCCACCUUCGAGUACAGAGCCACAACGACCAACUUGAAGGCGGGCUUCGAUUGGAGUCUGAGAUUCAAGUGGAUUCCCCGCUCCGACGAAGAGCUCCACACCGUCCAGGACGAGACGUCCUCAUUCGCCAGUCCAACUGUGUAUGGUGGCAUUUUCCUCAUCUCCCGCCAGUGGUUUCAUCAGCUCGGCGGCUUCGACAGUAAUCUCGAGAUCUGGGGCGGAGAGUCCCUGGAAAUCUCCCUCAAGGCAUGGAUGUGCGGUGGUCAAGUGGAAAUCGCUCCGUGCAGUCGAGUUGGGCAUGUGUUCAGGAAGAAGCACCCAUACGACUUUCCCCGCGGGAGCACUUACACCUUCUUGCGCAAUUCCAAGCUCAUCGCCGAGGUGUGGUUGGACGAGUACAAGCACUUUUUCUACUUUGCCCGUCCAAAUGCCCAGAGCAUUAAGAUUAAAGACACGAAAGAUGCGGCGACCCUUAAAGAGAAGCUCCAAUGCCGCACUUUCUCCUGGUACCUCCAGACCGUCUUCCACGAGCUCAAACUUCCCAAUGAGGAGCACAUCGCCUUUGGUGAGCUGAAGCACGAGGACCGCUGCCUCUCUGUGACGACAGACAACAGUCGCCAGAGACACAUUCAGUUGGCAAAUUGCUAUAGCCACAGAGAGACCACAAAGUGGGCCCUCCAUAACUACACUGGCGCUCUGAGUCCUGACUCGGGCGGUUGCGUCAAUGUGUUCCAGAGUCUGGUCAUUCUGGAGUACUGCCGAAAUUCACCAGCCCAGCGUUGGUUGCGAAACGGCGGCAAUUUAAUGCACGCCACAACGGGUAAAUGCCUAGAGAGUCUUGUUGGACCAACCGUGGCUGUGUCGGCUUGUCGCCACGGAUCUCAAUCGCAGCUGUGGAGUUUCUCCGUGGAAGUGCAGCACCAAUAG